CAUUUAAGGAGCUUAGAAUCCAAGUGUGAAGGGCCAUUCCUUACAUGAGUUACACAUAAACCUGAGAAUUUAGUCAAAAGGUUCUUCCCAUCAAGUUUCUCCUCUCUCUAAACGUUGGCGGUCCAAGGCCAGGUUUAGCUGAAAUUCUAGAAUCUAGAAUAAAGAAUAGGAUUGUGGAAUGGAGAGUACAGGUUCAGGCGAAAAGCCAACAGAGUGUGUUUGGGGGAGGGGAUUUCAGAAUUCUGAACAUGGCAGUGAUAGCCAAGGCUAUGGCAAGUCUGUGUGUGUAGCUGAAGAGCAGUGGAGGAGUGGCUCCUGGGAGUGAACGGGGCAAAUAACCAGGGGUUAACGUGUUGGAGGUUGGGUCACUAUGUGCACUGGAGUCCUUCAGAAUGAAGGCAAGAGUUAAGGAGACAAACACUGUGACAUUGAUUGGUCGCUGUUUGUCCUUCCUUCUCAAAGGGAUCCCAUGCUGUCAGGGAGGAGAUCCCGUGACGUCAAGGAGGUGAUCUAGUCCCACAAGUAAGCAAUCAUAUGACAUGCACAUGCACUGGACUGAAAUCAGAGAGGGCAGAGGCGCCAAGCUUUGGUGGCUAGACAAAGACGUGUAACAGCAACCUGGAGACCCAAGGUGGGACUGAAGGGGGAGGGAAGCUGUUCCCUUUACUGAAGCUGUGUUCCCUUUAAGGUUAUCACUCUGAAACUGUAUUUCCUUUUGAUCUGUGAUCCCUUUUGGAGUCUCAGCCCCUCCUGGGGAAGGCACAUCCCCCCAGUUAUCUUUCCCGUAUGCCAGAGCCUUUGAUUCGACUAGAAAUCCUGGUCAAAAAGCUCCCCUCUGAAGUGUUGUUAACCCCAACAGGAGAUCUAGGCUGGAUACUGAUGAGCAUCUAAGCUGGGAACCUGAGUCCUGAAGCCUCAAGACUCCUUUUAAAGGGCAGUUUUUGGUCCUUGCAGAGGCCCCAAAGCAGCUUUCGAGGACCCUCUGCCUGCUGAGAAGGCUUUCUCUUCCGUGCCAGACUCCACUUCCCCAAAAGGACUUUGCAUUAUGGAAGUCAGUCUUUUAGCAAACUGGUUUCUGUCCAACAAUAAACUCUGAUUUCUGCUCAUAUUUCGGGGUAAGUGAAUUCUUUCACUUUAAACCUGCGGGCCGACCGAAGGGACUUUAACAACUCUCUUUUUGCCACGAACCUCAUCACCGCCGGGAAUCGAGGGAAUGCAAACCUCAUCAGGAUCGUAGCCCUGCUGGUGCUCCCAGGCUGCCGUAGUAAUUAGGCAGCUGCGGAUGGAUUUGAUUUGGAGGAGUCCGAUGCCCGUCCCCCAAGUUCUGAGACCACCACCGCUGAAGACUUUCCGUGAGCACUGGGGCUGGGGAGACCAGGCACGAGUAACAGGAGAAGCGAGGCGGUGGGGCUCCAAACCAAGGAGGGGCCAGACCGUAUUCCAGACUGAGCCCCACACCUGCACUUUCCCCACGUCCAGCCUUUAAACUACAGUUCCCAGAAGGCCUUGGUCACUCCGAGAGUUUUCCCGAAGACCGAUGGGCUGUCCCUCUGUCACUUCCGCCAGAAGUCUUCCAGCCUCUCACUUGCUUAUUGGUGUUCGCUUUUAUUUUUCUGUCCUAAGUGGACUUGCUAGGGGGUAAGCUGCAUCCAGAACGGGUCAGGUCCAGCCGGAGGACGGCUGCGGGGUGCAGCGGGGUCGGAGCACGAGGCGCUGGUUGGGGAGCACACGGAGAACGGGCGGAGCGUCCGCUAGGGUCUAGGGAAGCCCUGUCCGGGAUUACCGAGGUCGUGGGGCCGCGCAUGGGCAGAGGUGCGGGUCCUGGGGGAGCGGAGUCUGGAGAUAGAGCUGCAUUCAAAUCGUGGCCCCUGAGGGUCCCCGGCUGCUCCUGACCCUCCAGGCCUCAGUCCUUCCUGCUGUGCAGACUGUCUUUGAGGAGGGAGGCCUGGUGUAGGUCUGCUCCGGGCCUCAUGUCAUGUGCUCUUCCUCUCCUCCCAGCAUUCUUCCGGGUACCCUCUUCUCCAGUAAGUUUUACCUGCUGCUGGAGAUCCCUCGCACUCUGUCCCUUCUCCUGCGUUGUCCCUAGGGAGGUGUCUGCCUGAAGCCAUUGCCCCUUCUGGAGAAGAAAUGACCGUGUCCUUGUGGCCCUGCCGCCCGUUCCGGGCUCCCCCUCAGUGAGAAGUGGGGCUUCUCAUGGGCCCCCUUUCCUCCCCAGGACCGUGGCCUCUGCUGUGCCCCGAGGAAGAGGAGGAGGAGGCAAUGACCCGUGGAGUGACUGCCAGGCCCGGCCUGAAAUCCAUGACAUUCAAUGAUGUGGCUGUGGAAUUCACUCUGGAGGAGUGGGUACAUUUGAACCCUUCUCAGAAAAAAUUAUACAGGGAUGUGAUGCUGGAGAACUAUAGAAACUUGAUCUCUUUGGGAUGUGCAAUUUCCAAACCAGAUGUGAUCUAUCAAAUGGAAAAAAAGGAAGCAUUUUGGAUGCCAGAGACAGAUAUCCCAAGAAACAGCUGUCCAGAGAGCAAAGAAUUUACUGGAGAAAAAUUAUAUGAAUGUAAUGAAUUUGGGGAAGCUUUCAAACUGGAAACAUUUGUUCAGCAUCAGAGAAUUUAUACUGAAGAGAUUCUUUAUAAAUGUAAAGAAUGUGGGGAAGGCUUCCAUUACAUAUCACAGUUGGUAGAACAUCAAAGAAUUCACACUGGAGAAAAAUCUUAUAAAUGUAGUGAAUGUGGAAAGGCCUUCAAACAGAGGAUACAGCUUACUCAUCACCAGAGAAUUCAUACUGGAGAGAAGCCUUAUAAAUGUGAUGAAUGUGGGAAGGCUUUCAGAGUAGAAACACAGUUUAUUCAACAUCAGAAAAUACAUACUGGAGAGAAGCGUUAUGAAUGUAAAGAAUGUGGGAAAGGCUUCUUUUGGAAUUCAGAUUUCAUGAGACAUCAGAGUAUUCAUACUGGUGAGAAACCUUAUGAAUGUAAUGAAUGUGGGAAAGCCUUCAGACUAAAAGCACAUCUUACUCGACAUCAGAGAAUUCAUACUGGAGAAAAACCUUAUAAAUGUGAUGAAUGUAGGAAAGCCUUCAGUAGCAAUCGAUCACUUAAUGCACAUAAGAAAAUUCAUGGAGACAUGUCUUACAAAUUUAAGGAGUACAGGAAGGCCUUCCACUACAAUUCAGAUUGUAACCAACAGAAAAUUCAGAGUGGACAGAAACCUUAUAAAUGUAAUGAAUGUGGGAAAGCCUUCCGCCUUACCAUACAACUUACUCAACAUAAAAGAAUUCAUACUGGAGAGAAACCUUAUGAAUGUAAUGAAUGCGGCAAUGCAUUCAGACAAAGAAUACAGCUUACUGUGCAUCAAAGAAUUCAUACUGGAGAGAAGCCUUAUAAAUGUGAUGAAUGUGGUAAAGGAAGAGGAGACAAGAGGUAGAACCAGAAACAAGCUACCAGAUGUAUGAGAAGAAUCUAGGAAAAUAAUAAAGAGAAAAUUUGACUAGAAAAUAAAACAAGCAUUAAGUUCUUAUUCUGUACUUUGUUAGAUGGGAGUUAGCUUUUAUGUGGAACUUAGGUUCCAAAAGUCAGCAUGUCAAAAAUCAUAUAAUGUCAAAAUUACCCUUUGUGCUGCCUUAAAUUGUCUAUGAAGUAUAGUGCAAUACCUUUAAAUAUAUGACUACCUGGAAAUGAACUAAGAAAAUAUUAAUUUUGAAACCUUGAUAAUGAAACUUUUCCCACUCUUGUCAGAGAAGUGAUGGACCAGAAGUUUAGAAUGGGACAUAUGUCUUCUGACAUAAUGAGUAUUUGAUUUGUCUUGCUUUAUUAUGUGUAUGCCUUUUUAAAUGGGCUUUUAUUUGGGAAGUGGGAUGACAGUGGAAAAUGACAGGAAAAGAAAUUGAACCUGUGAUUGAAGAGAGUACCCCAAAACUCUGAAAAAUCCUUAAAGAAGAAAACCUUCUUCAACUCUGCCUCACUGAGGGAACUCCAUCUCAAGCACAGUUUCAUCUUUGUUAUCUGGGUGGGGUUGGCUCUGUCCUGAAACCAAUAGAAUUCAAUUCAAAUUCUAACCCUAACUGAAAUCCAGCAAGGGAGGAGCCAACCUCGGACUCCACCCCCAGCCCCCUUCAGCUUUUAGCCAAAGCCCCCUAUUAUAAAAGAGCCAAACCAAAACCCUCUCUUUGCAGAGGUUCCAAACAUGCCAGCCCUACUCCUGGCAUGCCAAGGGUGUCUGCCCACUGGUAUACUGUUUCCGGUGCCCUUUCAUCUAUACCUUCACCUAUUUCCUGAACUAGACUUUAACCUUACUUCCAAUCCCCAUAAUAAACCUUUUAUCAAUCUA